GGGCUUUCGGCUUUGACAGUCAGUCUUGUCACACAUCGUUUCGAAAGAUGUUGGGUACGGACGACCACAGGGACAAUCUGAAACGGAACGGGACAGUCACUCUCCCUACCCACAGUCCCCUCCUGAUCCCUUCUGUACUUCCUCCUACCCACCAAGAUCUACCAGGAGGUGAACAGGCCAAUAGAAGGGAGCCUAGAGGUACCCUCUGAGUCAGAGGAGGGAGACAAUGUCAGAGGGAAGGAAGCGUCCGUUCAGCCCACCCUCAGUGUUAGAGAUGGAGGAGGACAGGAGCGGGUUAGGAGUGGGGAUGGGGUUGACUGUGGACAGCGAGGUGUGCUGUGACCCCCAGGAGGAGGGUGUAGUCCUGGGGGAGCAGCCAGGUCCAGUUGGGGGCGCCCUGCCCUCCUCUGACCACAGCAGGCCCAAGAGAGAGAGGAAACAGCGCAGUUAUACACUGUGUGACGUGUGUAACAUCCAGCUCAACUCCCCAGCCCAGGCCCAGAUACACUACAACGGCAAGUCUCACCAGAAGAGACUCAAACAGAUGAGCAACGGGAAGGUCCAGCACGGCAACACAGGCACCUCUGCCCAGGGCAACCCCCUCCUGGCCUCCCUGCCUGUCCCGGGACGGCCCCUGCAGCCUCACCUCGACCUCAAGCACUUCCUGCCUUUCAGGCUCAAUGGAUCGUCCCCCCUCAGCCUCUUCCCUAACUUCAGCACAAUGGACCCGGUGCAGAAGGCGGUGAUCAACCACACGUUUGGCGUCCCUCAGCCACUCAAGAAGAAACAGAUAAUCUCCUGUAACAUCUGUCACCUGCGCUUCAACUCCCCGAACCAGGCAGAAGCACACUAUAAGGGGCAUAAACAUGCCCGGAAGCUGAAAGCCAUGGAGGCCCAGAAGAACCGUCAGCGUCGACUUGGGGAAGCCACGUCCACAGGCAGGGAGAGAGACCGGGAACGAGACCGAGAACGGGACAGGGAGAGGGCUAAGACUGCUGCGACUGUUACACUUCCCACUGAGACCCUCCCCGCACUCAUGGACACAGGCCCGAUGGAGGCAACGAAUCUGCUGCCUGCUGACCUGGAGCGAGUGGUGAAUUGUGAGGCUGUGAAGCUGGGCGAGAGCCCUGGCAGCAGCAGCUCUGUGAUGCUGACUCCUGUAUCUGAGGUGUCCUCCAUGGAGCUGGCCACCCUGUCCCCCGGGCACCAGGGAGAGGUGUCCCCCUCCUCCCAGGCCUCAGAGAGCGGAGCCUCAGAUACCAGUGGCCCCGAGCAGGGCCCAGAGGCCCCUGGAACAGCCCUGGAGUCAGGCAGCCAGCCAGACACCUCCAGAACAGAGGGGGGUGAGGAGGUCAAGGACCCCAAGAGGAUCAAGCCACACCUCCACUGUCCCGUGUGCAAGGUCACUGUCAACUCUACAUCCCAGCUGGAGGCACACAACAGUGGUACGAAGCACAAGCAGAUGCUGGAGGGCCAGAGCGUCCAGCCGCGGCGCCGGGGGAAGGUGGCGGGGGCUGGGGGGCGCUCGGCCUGCAAGAGCAAGCGCCUGGGCACCAAGGGGAGCGUGGGGGUGCCCAGCAAGAACUUCCACUGCGAGGUGUGUGAGAUCUAUGUCAACUCGGAGACCCAGCUCAGCCAGCACAUGAACAGCAGGAGACACAAGGACCGUCUGGCAGGAAAGCCCCCCAAACCCAAGUUCAGCCCCCACAACAAGAGCCAGCCCACCUCCAGCUUAUCGAAUGUGAGAUGGGCUGGGUAUGCAGGCGGGGCCGUGUCUGCCAUGAAGAAAAUGUUCAGCCAGUACAACCUCACCUCUCUCUCUACUCAGACCAAACUGGCCUUCCAGAAGCAGCUGACCAAGAGCCUGACCACUGGCUUCCUGCCUAGCCCCCUCACCCAGCCCACCUUGUGCACCAUGGCAACCAAUCCUCUGGCUCUGCGCCACCCGGCGGGCACCACCUUCUUUCAGACGCCCUUCCUGAGCCCCACCUUGUUCCGGCCCGCCCCGGGGCCCCUGAGGGCCACGCACCCCUCCAUCAUCUUCUCCCCUUAUUAAUGACACAGUACAGCCCCCCGUCCCUCUGUCCCCCUCUACCAACCCUCUUGCCCCGCCUCCAUUACUGUGACUCACAUGACGAGGGCCACGCCACGCACAAACUAUGCAGACCACAGGAGCCAGGAUGGAGAGAACAGAGAGAACGAGGCUAACAACUGCUCCUGUCAGGGAGGCCAUCCCCCCAAGACCCCGCCUCCUCUCCACCACGCCCCAUCUGUCUGCUCCUUCUCCUGUGGUUGGUGGCCUGAGGAACAGGACACAUCUCCAGGGACAUACUGGUGCAGUCAGGAGGCCUCUCUCUUACACAGCCAUUUCAUGGGUCGAUUUGGUUUGGAUUCUUAAUAUUAUUGUGUAAUUUAUUAGAGAACAAAAAUAGAUGUAUCUGUUUAGUGUGGUUGCCACAAAUAAGGUCCCUUUACGUCAUGCUACUCCUCAGAACAUUGUUUCUAUAAUUGGUUGGCUUGCUUUUUGUGGUUGUGGGUCGAUAUUGGGGAUGCUAGCAGGUGAGCCCAAUGCUCUCUGAGCUUGUGACUGUCUUCAGCCAUAUGUGGACCUGCAGCUCUGCAGACUUACGGACCCAAGUCUAUGAGUGGGAUCUGUCAGAACUAUAUGAACUCAUAUUUUUCCAGCAACACCCUUCCACCAAGCCCCUAUCUCCCAAACCCUGUUACUGGGCUCUUGUCAUUGGAACCCAGAGCUCUAAAUUGAUGUGCAGAAUAAAUGCUGAAGCCCUUUCUCUCUCUCUCUCUCUCUUUUUCUCUUUUUAUUUCUCUUUCUCUUUCUCUCACUCUCUUUGCGUCACAGCCCAACAUGGCCUUUCAUAAUUCAUUUUUUACCCUGCAUUCUCAGAAUUAAGCACUCAUUAAGGUCCUGAAAAGGUCAGCUUGUCAACUUGAUUUUGUCUCAAGUUGCAGAUCUGCCUCAUUAAAGAUCUUUGCUCCGUAGCAGCGCUGGUGCAUUGGUUCUGACUGUCUCUAUUUCUCCUGUUGCGGAACGGGAGGCACAAAAUAAUUUUUAAAAGCCUGGCUGUCUUAUAUUGUAAUCUGCCAUGGUUCCCUGUAUCCCAGUGAUUUUAUAGUGCUUGAUCCCCCAAUUGUACUCCCUGAGCCAUAGUCCUUAAUUUUCUCUUGAGCUAUCUCAGCAGGAGCUGAUGGGUAGCAGUGAAUGACAAUUUCCCCUUGCUCAAAAAAAAAACACUAAGGGGUGGAAAUUACUUGAUGGGUUUACAAUCCUCAAUUAAAGGUUUCCACUGCGCAGAGAGAUGUGUGGAUGAUGGGGGUGUGAGAACACAUUUCCCAGAUCACUGAUUGGAUCAUCGGGAAUGGAGGGAAAGAAACAAAGCACAGUGCCAUGGCAACCACAUUAAAAGCACCUUAAACAGAUUUACUUAUGAAAGCAAUGAAAAUAUGUUCUAGUUUUUUUUUUUGUUAUUCCUGGUGUGAUUUUUCAUAAACUCAUGCCAGUUUGAUUGAGCAUUUUUCAAUCACACAAACAAUCAACUUGUGAAGAUUCAAUUGUAUCGUUGUCAUUAUCCAUGAGACAGGUCUGAAUCUAAAUCUCAGAUCUAGUUACAUUUUUAAAGCAAUAUGUUCAAUCAAUGUGUCUAUGUUUCGAACGGUUAUACAGUAGGAGAAUAUAGGAUGUGGGGAGGUGGCUUUAUCUGAUUCUGAACAAUGUAUCUGUACCUCUACAGAGAUGCUCUACAGCGUACCGUACUGUAUUUGAAAGGCAAAUUCCAAGUGGCCAGUGCUAAGAGUCAUUUGAACUGAUGGGUUGUUGUGAUGCGAUUUCCCUUGAUGGUCAAUCUCAUGCUCAUGUUGUGACUGUGGGUUGAGCUAAGCUAUAAAUAGCAGCUCUCAUACUGUGGGAUGGAUGUUUCAGCCCUCUCUCUGUGUUGACAUUGCUGGGCUUUCACCUUACAAGAGGAGCAGGACACAGCUAUUAUAUGGAUUACACAGAACAGCCAGUGUUAUUGAUGUCUCAAGCGCAGUAGAACACAUAAUCACAUUCCCAUGCCCCUCUCUCCUAAACAAGUAGACCCACCUUGAAACGAACACUCAAUAGCUCCCACCAGACCAGACCCAAUACUUGGGGCUCCUGAUUUAUCCCAACACCAACUCUCUUUGCUGGUUUAUUACCAAACCCAACACUUACACCCAACCAGUCUACUUUAGCAACAGCAAAAUGGGGGAAAUCCUAUGCAGUUGUUGUUCCCUUCAGUUCAGUCAGUGAAAUAGUAUUUCCAUGUGUGUGACGCAGCAGCGCCACCUGCAGUGAAGACCAUGUUAUUGCUCUUCUAGAUCAAACCCAGCACUGUCUCUCCUCCAUCUUUUCGAAUCUCUUUGAUUCUGUACAUGUUUCUGAGGCCUUUGUCUUUGGGAAUAUGAAACCAAGCCGUCAGGUCUCUUUGCCAUACCAAUGUGAUUCUCUCCAGUCACAGUAAGUUACUCAGUGAACCAGCCAGCCUAUUGAUCUCCAGUGUUCGUUCUGUCUGUCUAUCUGUCUAUCUGUCUGUCUGUCUGUCUGUCUGUCUGUCUGUCUGUCUGUCUGUCUGUCUGUCUGUCUGUCUGUCUGUCUGUCUGUCUGUCUGUCUGUCUGUCUGUCUGUCUGUCUGUCUGUCUUUACAUGGGAACUCUUUGGUAUUCAGACAUUUAAGGACAUUUUUAAUAAAUAAAUGCAUAUAGAGAAGGCAAAUUAUCUAUGUAGAAAAUAUAGAGUAAAUAUAGACAUUUUAUCAGAGUUGCUAUUGUUAUCUUUAUCUUGAUGAAACACUAUCUUAGCUGAGGGUAGACUGUUGAUGUAGGCUACAGCAGACACACGCUGUACAUGGAAAGGAGAAAUACUUUGCUUGUUUUUUCUGUUUGUUUUAUUUACAUGGUUUUACUGUGCUUGUUUUUUAACCUACAAAAGAGACAAAUGUUGAAUCAAAAGUUGGUUGAGUGAUUUUUCUUUUUCUUGUUCAAAUUUGAACUGAAUUACGGAAUUGAAUUAUUGACGUCACACAAUAGAUGUGGAACAAAAAAUGCCUUUCAGAUGUAAUUAUCCAGUAUAUCCCAAGAGUGUCAACCGCUGGUCAGUUUCUGGCUUUCUCAGGGCUUACAGUUUCAGCUACAUUAAUACCAUACAAUCAUCCACACAAUCAGAGCCUCUCAAACGUCAUCGCCGUAGAGACGGGUCAUACACUGUACUUGUGGAUGACGUGAAACAAUAGCCAUACAGAACAGGAUUGAAGAAGUUUUGAUGUAAGAUGUCCACACACGGAAUAUGACGGUCAUGUAGAAGGACAUUGUGAUGUGUCCUUGUCUCUCUUUUUCACUCAUCCGUCCUUGUGCACAGCCAAGGGAACCAUGGAUAGACCAGCCCAGAUACAGAGCUCAGCCCUGGGUAUAAUAAGGAAUCUGACACCAUGGAUAAAACAAAGCACUAGGAUCACAUUCUCUUCAAUUGCAGUGUGGUGAAAUGUCAAUUAUCUAUCAGUCUACCAGUGACCUAUUUCUUUCAGUAAAAGAACAUAUGCUGUAUGUAAUGACAGGCUAUGAAACUGCAAGGCAGCCAUGUUGACUGAGGCUACUGCCGGUGAGGUGGGAGGAGCUGGCGUUUCUCAAAACUGAGUUUCCUUGGUAUAGGAUCUGCAUAUCACUGAUGUCAAAGCACAGCUUUCAUUUCCCCCUAUUUUAGAAAUUACUUUUCACAGCAGGCAUUCAACGCUGCAAAGAUAAUUGCAUGAAGGUGAAUGGAGAAAGGUGUCUGCCCCCAUCCGAGUCCUGCCUCAUUAGCUCUGUUUAUACCUGGUUCCAACCUGCUGCCUUUGUCCUGAUCUUGUUCACAUUCUGAUUGUGCCCACAUUUUUAGACCAGUGUAGACAAUUAAAAGACGCAUUGUGAUCCGAUCUUAUAAGUGUAAACAGACAAGAUCAGGACGAAGGUUGCAUGUUAACAGCAGGUAUAAACAGGGCUAUUGACAGAGAAAGGAGUGACAUGCUGAGGAUCAACAGUCUGAAUGAUAUUCUGGAUUAUCUGCACAGUAUUCACACCCAGAUGGUUUCAGUGGGCAGGACAUCAUAACAUCAUACUCUGGAGCGGCUCGAGAUAAUGGAGAGAGAUUAGGUUCUGAACAAUAUCAUGGAACGGUACUGGAUUCUGGACCACCACCACAGCUCAGCUCAGCUCUGUUCUUCACAGCUUUUCUCUGUCCUUCGUGUACAGAGCGGUUCCUGUGUCAUGUGCUCUUGUUGUCUGAACAGAAGCCAGAGUCAGUCUCUUGCCAUAAUGACGCCAAUCAUCAAAGCCGCGUCUGUCAGGAGACUCUUCUGGACUGUAAUGAACUGUAACAAGCAUACCAUAAUGAUGUGAAUUUUGUUCAAUCAGCUAUUCAUUUGUUAGCUUCCCACCCAUGUCCUUGUUAAUUGGAAGUGGAGCCCGUUCUCAUAAUGUAGUUGGACAGCAUUGUUGUUCUCACUACCAGUAUAGGUCCUUAUGCCAGCUCUCCCCGUGUGGAAACGUUAGGUAAGCAGAAACACACCUCUCCCAUUGCCAAAACCAGGGAAGUUCAAGUCAAGUGAUCACAUCCAUGUCUGAAGCCAGUCUCAGGAUGACAGAAGAAACAUGGAACCUUGCAAGACCUCUCCACAAACCCUUACAUAUCCACAACACGGAUAUAUUCAUCUCUACCUGAAUGCUGUGAAGUGACACCCGUUUAUUUUGCUGUGGCGGUCAGUCUGUCAGUCCCUGGUUCCUCCCUCUCUGUAUCAACCCUACAAGGACACGGAGUCAGUUCAGUGUGUACGUCAAGUUGUACAGUGCAUAUCAAUACCUGUGACUGCUUGGCUGCGGUUAGACAGGCAGCCCAAUUCUGAUAUUCUUUUUCACGAAUUGGUCUUUUGACCAAUCAGAUCAGCUCUGAAAAAGAUCUGAUGUAAAAAGAUCUGAUUGAAGAACUGAAUUGGCCUGCCUGUGUAAAUGCAGCCCUUGUGUUCCAUUUAAAGCCUAUGGUACAUUACAAAACAUGUACUACAAUGUAGAAGAUAUUCUAUGAGAGGACAUGACCAGUAUUUAUUGUAGCACCUUUGUCACUGUGUUCACAGUACAUUUGAUUACAAUGAUCUUCAUGAUGUACAAUAGGAAUUGUAAGGUGGAAUAGAGAGUAAGAUCAUUUGACACGCUAUUGAGUCUUUGCUUUAAAUGUUUGUUUUUUUUCCGUCUGUAUAGAUAAUGCCAGGUUGGAUAUGAAUGACAGAGAAAUAAAUGGGGGAGAGAGAAAUAGACAGAGGGAGAAGUUGGAUAGUGAAAUAAAUCGAUUAGAUCUUUCACUUC